AUGGCGAGAGGAUUGAAGAAACACUUGAAGAGACUCAAUGCUCCAAAGCAUUGGAUGCUUGACAAGCUUGGUGGAGCUUUUGCACCAAAACCAUCAUCUGGACCCCACAAGUCAAGAGAAUGCCUGCCUUUGAUUCUCAUUCUGCGAAACAGACUAAAAUAUGCUCUAACAUACAGAGAAGUUAUUGCCAUUUUGAUGCAGCGCCAUGUUCUCGUUGAUGGCAAGGUUAGGACAGACAAGACAUAUCCUGCUGGUUUCAUGGACGUUGUUUCUAUUCCCAAAACAAAUGAAAAUUUCCGUCUUCUGUAUGACACCAAGGGUCGUUUCCGUCUCCACUCCGUGAGGGACGAUGAAGCUAAGUUUAAGCUCUGCAAGGUUCGGUCUGUUCAAUUCGGACAGAAGGGUAUUCCCUAUCUUAACACCUAUGAUGGUCGAACCAUCCGCUAUCCAGAUCCACUAAUUAAGGCCAAUGACACAAUCAAACUUGACCUUGAAAACAACAAGAUCACUGAUUUUAUCAAGUUUGAUGUGGGUAAUGUUGUCAUGGUUACCGGAGGAAGAAACAGAGGCCGUGUUGGGGUCAUCAAGAACCGAGAAAAGCACAAAGGAACAUUUGAGACCAUCCACGUCCAGGACGCAAGUGGUCAUGAGUUUGCCACUCGGUUGGGCAAUGUCUUCACAAUCGGCAAAGGAACAAAGCCUUGGGUGUCUCUUCCCAAAGGCAAAGGUAUCAAGUUGACAGUUAUCGAAGAAGCUAGAAAGAGGCAGGCUGCCCAAAAUGCAACUGCUGCUUAA